UGCCCAGCGCCGGCUCUCCGGGCAGGAGAAGCUCCGCUGGCGGGCAGCGAGGCAGGCAGCACGGUCGGCGAGCUCGCCCACUCUUCUCGGCCCGCUCCGGAGUCCCGGGCUUUCGAAGAUGUCCGCCAAGCCCGAGGUCGGCUUUGUGAAAGAAGCUUCUCGCCAGAUCCUGGCCGGUGGCUCCGCUGGUCUUGUAGAAAUUUGCCUGAUGCACCCCCUCGAUGUGGUGAAAACCAGGUUCCAGAUUCAGAGAUGUGCAACUGAUCCAAGCAGUUAUAAAAGCCUGGGAGAUAGUUUUCGAACAAUUUUCCGAACAGAAGGGGUGUUCGGUUUUUACAAGGGAAUUCUGCCACCCAUCUUGGCUGAAACACCAAAAAGAGCAGUGAAGUUUUUCACCUUCGAGCAGUACAAGAAAUUGCUAGGAUAUGUGUCACUGUCACCAGCAUUGACAUUUGCCAUUGCUGGAUUAGGAUCUGGACUAACAGAAGCUAUCGUGGUUAACCCUUUUGAGGUAGUAAAAGUUGGCUUGCAAGCGAAUCGGAACAAAUUUACAGAGCAACCAUCCACGAUGAGUUAUGCAAGACACAUCAUUCAGAAGGAAGGCUUGGGACUCCAGGGCCUCAACAAAGGAUUCACAGCAACUUUAGGACGUCAUGGAGUUUUCAACAUGGUUUACUUUGGCUUCUACUACAAUGUCAAAAACAUUGUUCCUGUCAAUAAGGAUCCAACCUUGGAGUUUUUGAGAAAAUUUGGGAUUGGUCUUCUCUCCGGCACAAUAGCCUCAGUCAUUAACAUCCCUUUUGAUGUUGCCAAAAGUAGGAUUCAAGGGCCUCAGCCAGUUCCUGGAGAGAUCAAGUACAGAACCUGUUUUAAAACAAUGGCAACAGUCUACCAGGAAGAAGGGAUUUUAGCUUUGUACAAAGGCCUGCUUCCCAAGAUUAUGAGGCUUGGACCAGGUGGCGCAGUGAUGCUGCUGGUUUAUGAAUACACCUAUUCAUGGCUUCAGGAGAACUGGUGAUGGCCUGUGAAGUGUUG